AUGCACUACUCUGCUGCUCUUGCGGCCGUCGUAGCCGUUGCCCCCAUGGUUAGUGGCCAUGGAACCGGCCUCCCUAACAUUGUCGGACUAGAUCCGAAGGACACCAGGGCUCGCGACUUGCUUUCUGGUAUCGGAGCACGAUUCACUGGCGUCAACGAGAUUGCCAGUGCCAAGAACAAGGUCAAGACACAAAUUGUCCGCCGCCAGGAUGACCGCCAGUGUGGAGCUGGCAUUGGCAACUGCCCUGCUGGCCAGUGCUGCUCAGAAGCCGGCUACUGUGGAAAUGAUUCCGACUACUGCUUCUCUCCCGGCUGUGACUACAAGCAUGGCCCGGCUUGUCCAGAGAAUGUGACACCAGCCGGUACCAGCACCGCCUCAAUUGCCCGUACCAAGCCAGGAAAUGUCGAAUAUGGCGGCAACGGUAUCUACAGCUGUACCAAACCAGGAACCGUUGCUCUCACCUACGAUGACGGCCCCCAGAAGGUUUUCACUAGCCACAUUCUUGAUGUCAUGGCUUCCUACAACGCCAAAGCUACCUUCUUCAUCACUGGUAACAACAUCGGCAAGGGCCAAAUCGACAUCACUCCUGAAUUCACCCAAGUCAUCAAGCGUAUGGACUCUGAAGGCCACCAGCUUGCUUCGCACACCUGGACUCAUUUGGACCUGAGCGCCAUCUCCUCGCAGGAUCGCCACGACCAGAUGAUUAAGAACGAGAUGGCUCUGCGUAACAUCGUUGGCAAAAUCCCCACCUACAUGCGUCCUCCCUACUCCAGCUGCACUGCCGAGUCUGGCUGUGAGAAGGACAUGGCUGACCUUGGCUACCACGUCACCUACUUCGACGUGGACACUGAUGACUACGAGCACGAUGACCCUACUCUGAUUCAGUACUCCAAGGACGUUUUCAAGGGCAAUGUUUCCUCGGGUAAAGCCGCCAGCGCCCAGUGGCUCGAGAUUGGCCACGAUAUCCACGAGCAGACUGCCAUGAACCUGACCGAGUACAUGCUCUCCACUCUUACCCAGCUCGGCUACAAAGCCGUCACUGUCGGUGAAUGCCUUGGUGACCCUGCCGAGAACUGGUACCGCAAGGCUGGUGGUGCUAGCACCGGUGGUUCCACUGGAGGCGCAAAGCCUACUUCUGCUGCCCCUACUCCCACCGGAACCGGCAAGGUGUCCACUGAUGCUACCUGCGGUGGUACCAAAGGAUUCACCUGCACAGGAUCUGCUUUCGGCAAUUGCUGCAGCUCUGCAGGCUGGUGCGGUAGCACCAACGACUACUGCGGCACUGGCUGCCAGACUGGCUUCGGUACCUGCGGUACCGGUACCGGCUCAACCACCAUGAGCACUGCUGCGCCCAAGCCCAAGCCCACCACCGGCACUGCUAAGGCUUCCACCGACGGAACCUGUGGUGGAACCUCGGGCUUCACUUGCAUUGGUUCGGCAUUUGGAAACUGCUGCUCGCAGUACGGAUGGUGUGGAAGCUCCGCUGAUCACUGCGGCACCGGAUGCAAUGCUGCCUUUGGAAAGUGUCCUUAA